AUGGAAAAUCCUCUUGAAGAACAAAUACUGACACUUUUUAAAAAAUGGCGAAAAGGAAGAUUGCGUGCAGGAUUAUUUCAACUACCAUCUUUGAAGUCUAUUAACAUAGAAAAAAUCCAAGAAAGUUACUAUGAGGAAACAGGAAUUAAAAUAUUAUUUUCAAUCGGAGAGAUGAAGUUAACGGGACUUGAUAAUUUUACUGUUGAUGCACUGGAUAUAAUACGAACACAGAAUGUUUUAAAUAUAUCUGCCACUAUUCGAGUUCCAACACUGACCCUUCAUUCAGAUACUUAUACACUGGUUGGACGAGCGUACUAUGUAUAUUCAUUAAAAGGAAAGGGUGCAAUGAGGAUCAUAUCACGAAAUAAUGUGGUUUCAAUCAAUAUUGUUUUUAAUAAUGUUGAUGAUAUUCAUACAUCAGUAUCAGAUUUUUCACUUAACUACAGCAUUAGCAUGGUUGAUGGUAAUUUAGAGAAUAGCUCUUGGCCUAUAAACAAUGUGCUCAAUAAUGAAGGUGUUAACAUAUUGAAGAGUUAUCACGAAUACAUUAAUGAGAAGGCGAGAGAAUAUGUUGUGCCAAAUGCUAAUGAGUAUUUAUCACGCGUCACAUUUAAAGACUUUUUAAAUACCAUCGCUGAUAUUGGUGUCAAUUCUUAUGUGAUAGAAUAA